GUUGGACGUUUUUUCUUUUCUAAUCCAUAAAUUUCACUUAUAGCAUAUUAGUAUUACUUUUAAAUGACAUAAAAAAAUGUAAGAACAUAUUUUUAAUUUUGAUUAUUUGUGUAUAAAAGUUAAAUUCUUGUAUUGUCAAUUUAACAAAAUCAAACCAUUAAAGUAAAUCAUUUAUAACCUGUUUGGCCAAGCUUAGUUUUUCCCUAAAGUGCUUAUUUUAAAAAAAGUGAGGUAUUUGAGAGAAAAUAAGUGCUUAUGGGGAGUAGCAGCCCAAAAAAUACUUUUGAGAAAAAUACACUAAGAAACACUUUUUAAAAACUUGACCAAAUUAAAAAUAAUUUUUAAAUUAAUUGAUCAAACACAAACUGUUUUUCACCCAAAAUAGUUGUUGGGAAAAACACUUUCCAAAAUAAGUUGAAUUUAGAAGCUUAAACCAAACAUUGUCCUUGCGUGGACAUCCCAUACAAAAAAAAAAAAGAAAAAAAAAAACAAAAUAAGUUGAAUUUAGAAGCUUGACCAAACAUUGUCCUUGCGUGGACAUCCCAUACAAAAAAAAAAAAAAGAAAAAAAAAAGAGGAGUAAUCCAUUUAGGGCUCGUUUGGUAUGAUGAAUAAGCAAAAAUAGUCUUGAGAUAAAAAUUUAGCUUCGCUUUAUCCCACGUUUGGUUGGAAUAAAAACUCGUGAUGACUAAGUUUUCCCGGAAUUAUAGUGUUUUUUUAUCUCACAUUGAGGGUGGAAUAGUUAUCCCGGAAUAACUAAUCCCGGCAUUAGUUAUCCCGGGAUAACUUAUUUUCUACCCAAACGAGCCCUUAAUAUUGUCCCUUUAGUGGGAAAUGAAGACCAUUUGAGCGGGAAAUUUGUAAACAACUGAGACUCGGCAUUAGCGUUAAGCAUAGUAUUUAAAAGGAACCCUAGUGUAAAGAAGCGUAGGCUUUUAUCACUGCUCAUACCUGUCCAUUAAAGCUAGGAGCUUGCUACAUCAGUCGAGAGUUCACCAAUUAACUGCUUUAAAAUGGAAAACAAGCAAGAAUCUAAGGUUCUCUUGAAGCUUUUGGUGGAUGAAAAGAAGGAUCAAGUUGUUGCAGCUGAAGCCAAAGUAGAUUUUAUGGACAUACUCAUUAGCGUUCUCACUUUACCACUGGGAACAAUAAUACGACUCAUUAAAGCAGAGGCUGGAGUUGUUGGUUGUAUGAAUAACUUGUACCAAAGUGUUGAAAACCUCAUAGUGGAAGAUCUUUUCAUAGAGCAUUGCAGAACCAUGUUGCUAAAUCCAAGAAAUCCCUAUCCAAAGUAUUGCAUGAGGUUGAAAGUGAACGUAGAUGAUUCAGGCUCUGAGAAGUAUUAUGAGUGUUCAGAUUGCUCAAAACGAUGCUAUUUCAUGAAUGUUGAGUGCCCAUGUGAUGGGAAGUUUAAUAAAGAAAAGUUCCUGAAAGACUUAGUUUUAAUAACUUGUCAUGACGAGUAUGUCUUUCUUAAAGGAGGGAUAUCAUUUCUAAUCUCUGACGAUUUACAAGUCAAGUGUGCUUCUCCAAGCUCUCUUGUUCAGAUGCUUUCUAAUGUUGGCCUGAGUGAUAUGAAUCAGAUUAAGGAGAUGCAUGUAGAAGUUGGCAAGAACGAGGUGAUUCGUCUGCUUGCUCGUUCAUUUAUCUCAAAGACUCCCUUGUCUGAUGUGUUUCUGCCCAAGCAAAAACAAAAAAGAGCAAGAGUAGACACUAUCACAAUGUCUGAGUUUGGAAAUUUGUCGUCCAUUUCUGAAAAUGGAAACAAUAAUAACACCAAGAAAUUGGAGCUGAAGCUAACAGUAAGAAAGUCUACUAACAAGGUCUUGUGUGCUGAAGCAGGCAAUGAUUUUGUUGACUUUAUCUUCAACUUUUUGACCAUUCCUAUAGGAUCAAUUGAAGACGCUCUAAAAGGGAGUUCUGGGUUGGGAUGCAUAGAUAACUUCUAUAAAAGCGUGGAGGCUGUAGAUUCGAAAUGGUUCAAUGUGCCUCCAAAGAGGGAUAGUUACAGAAGUGAGGAGAAUGCUGUUGACAACUUUAAGACGAUAUUACUCAAGCCCGGUGUUGCCCCUUACCAUAUAUCUGAAUAUCAGCUGCUGCAGAUUUCUGAAGGAAAAUCAGAAAUUUAUAACUUGUAUGAUAUAAGGCAUUUUGUGAGGGGUAAUUAUAUUCGUAAUCACAAAAAGUUUGCAAAGGAACCGUCCCUUUUCUACGUUAUGGACAAUUUGGAAGUUAGACCUAUGUCUUCGACAUCAACUAUUUGCUUACUCCAAGAACUAAAUGUGCCAAUGAAUGGACAUUGAAGAGCAAAUGAUCAGUGUUGGAGAGUCGGAAGCAUUGAGCUUGCUAAAAGCCUCUUUAACAUCAUCAUCAUCAGCUUUGACAGAGGGCCUAAAUCACAAAUUGAAGAAGCAGAUAGAUGAAGAUGUGAAGUGUGACGCGAAGAAACGUUGUCGUGCUGGUUAGCGAACAUAUACUUGAACGACUCUCUUGUCUAGCUUUUUGUGUUUAGCCUCAAAACUUGGUCCCCUGUAUAUCAAAGCCUUGAUGCAGAGUCUGAGUCUUUUCAGAUUGAAUUAGAUAUGGAUCACUUAUGUGUAGUUUAUUUAUUUUACCAGUUUUGGAGGUUUCCUCAAUAGAUGAUUAAUCCAUGAAGUUAAUUUUCUCCUA